GGUGUAGUGUGUGUGCGCGCGUGUUCGUACGGCCCCGGCGCAUUCUGGUAGAUCGUCGAGUUGUGUGUUUUCUUUUGAGCGGCUCCGCCACCGAUGUGCGCUCAACACUGAUUUCGUGAUCGUGGUAACGGGGAAGACAUCUGCGAGGAUUUCGCGUACGGCAGAUACUACGAUGGAGCCCGCUGCUCAUCGAAACGGACGGCGGAACCGAAACAGGUCACCGCCGCCGCUGGUCAACGGGAGGUUCGCGACGAUUAUGUGCUGGGUCGCCGUGUUCACGUGCUGGAUUGACGUCGCGGCAUCGGGUAACCUGGAUACAUCGUUCCCGGUCAUAUUCAAAGGAAACGACCAGAGCCACUUCGGAUACACCGUGGAGAUCAUCAGCAAUCGAGACGGCAACCUGACUCUGGUGGGAGCCAUCAAGGACCAGUCGACAUCAAACUUCCAGGGUGCCAACCACACGGGAGCUCUGCACAAGUGCAGGCUCGAUACCGGGGGCUGCACGGAGGUACCCAUCCAACGAGACUCUAGCACGGACAACAUCGAUUCUGCUACGGCCGAGUACCAAUAUCGCGAGCUCAAUGACCACAUGCACCUCGGUAUGAGCCUCGUGUCGCAACCUGGACCAGAAGGCCGGGUCGUGGUAUGUGCCCCGAAAUGGAAGAACCAGAAGUACGCCGAAACUCUAUACAUGCUGAACGGUGCUUGCUAUGUCAUGAACAAGAACCUCGAUGACAUCAAGGUUCUACGUCCACUCAUUCGAAAAGCUUUUCAAGUUAUAGAACCCGAGACGUACCUCCAUGCUCUGGCAGAGGCAGGAUUCUCAACACACAUUUCUCAGGACAAUGAGCUGAUUUUAGGUACACCAGGAUCGAUGGACUGGACAGGAAGCCUGGUAACGUAUGGCAUACCGUCAGAUCCCGAAGGAGAAUUGAAACUCAAGGUCAUUGGACGGCUCAGCACCUUAAAGGUCCCUCAAAUUCAGCAAUACAUUGGGUACUCGGUGGCGUCGGGGAACUUCUUCGAGAGCAUGGGACGCUCCUUUGUUGCUGGUGCACCGAGGGACACUGCAGACUACAGGGGGGCGGUGUACUUUUUCAAGCCAGAGACUCCCGACUCAAGCAACCUCAAUGUGCAACUGAAGAAGGAGGGGGAACAGAUGGGCUCCUACUUUGGCGCGUCCGUGUUGGCCAUUGAUCUGAACAUGGACAACUUCACUGAUCUCCUUGUGGGUGCACCCCUCUAUUCCCUCCAAGGAACAAAUGGCGAUGAAGGGAAGGUCUAUGUCUACCUCAGCAACGGUGCUAGCCUACAGUUGCAAGAUCUCAAAAUCAUGGGCUCUUCUGUUCCUGGGGCCCGAUUUGGAUCUACCAUUGUCAAUAUCGGAGAUCUUAACCUUGAUGGCUAUCCAGAUGUCGCUAUUGGCUCACCGUAUGAGCACGGCUAUGGUGCUGUGUACAUUUACAAUGGCGGAAAGGAUGGCCUGAAGACUACACCUGCACAGAUCAUAGAAGGCAGAUCAACUGAAGGCAGUCCACAUGGUUUCGGUAUUAGCAUUUCUAAGGCAAUGGACAUUGAUGGCAACAAUUAUCCUGAUAUUGUUGUGGGUGCCUACCAGUCGGACCAAGCUUAUCUAUUCAGAGCCAUGCCCGUGGUUCAGGCCAGGUCUUGGAUCGAGAUUGACACCAAGCAUGUCUCCUCCAACAAGCCCAACUGCGUUCGGAACAAUGUGGCCUUUUUCUGCUUCCCCGUGACGCCGUGCUUACAGUAUGACGGAAAGUAUGUGCCAGAACAGAUAGAUUUUGAAUUCACCAUUGAGAUGGACACCAAGAAGCAGGAAGCCCAUCGGGGUGCAUUCGAGCUGCUCGGUGGCAGAACGGGGAUCAGCAUUCGGGAGGUGCGGCCCCUGCAGCGGGGCCGGGCCAUGUGCUUUCCCCAAAAGGCUCUCGUCUUUAGCAACGUCCAGGACCUGCUGACGCCUUUCGAGUUCCGUCUGACGUUCAACAUCAGCGACGGCGACAAGACUCGUCGCGAUGGCUUCUGCAGCACGUGCCCGGUCCUGGAUGCGAGUACAAUAACCACUGUCACAAACAGAACUGUUUUCCAGGUUGCAUGUGGGCCUGACAACGUGUGCUGGGCCGAUCUCAUUCUCAAGGCCAGCAUAGUGGGUCAUGAGGAUAGCUCACCCCUCGUCGUCGGGAAGGACAACGUCGUGUCACUGGCCAUCAACGUCAAAAAUCGCGAUGACACAGAGCCAGCGUACCUGUCGCGGGUGGAAAUCAGCCUCCCCGAGAACGUCGACUUUGUCAACAUUGGGACCUGCGAGUCCAAGGGAAACGCAACAGUCUCUUGUGACGUCGGUAACCCUCUCAACCCUGGAUCCGUGGCCUCGGUCUCUAUAAAACUAGGUCUGACGAAAAUCAAAAAGAAGUUGGAGAUUCACGUGGCUGCGAGAACGGACAGCGUGGACACAGACACGUCGAACAACGACAUUACGAUCGCCUUGCCAGUCAUCUACCAUGCGGAUAUUGGGCUGCAGGGAUCUUCAUCUAUCGGUCAGUUAAUUUACAACGAGUCGACUGGCAUUGUUCAAGUUGUGCACACAUUCACGAUGGUGAAGUACUUUGACAGCCCAAUCAACAAGGUUGCAGUCUCAAUCUCAGUUCCACUAAAGAUUCACGGAAAAAAAGAUCCCUUCCUGAAGCUCGAAGGUGUUAAGGCGGAUGACGGAACCAGAAGCAAGGUUGGUGGCAGUUGCAAUGGCUCGGCCAGCGUCAAAAAACGAUCCGCCUCGGCAGAAACAGUGGCAGGCCACCCAAGGUCUCUCAGGGAAGCCAGCGCUCUCUCCAUUCUUGAAAGCAGGUUCCCAGUGGCGCAGGUCAAGACGCUAACACUGGGUUGUUCUGAUGCCGAAUGUGUCUGGUUCACGUGCCAAAUGGGCCCUUUUGCCUCAAAGAACAAGGUUGCUAAGAUCGAGCUCCACAUGACUCUCAAUGUCACCAGGAUCAUGGAGCAAGUGGGCACUCCCGACACGAUUGACAUAGCCACGGAAGGGUCACUUACCAUCCUGGACGAGACAGAGUUCACGCACUUCGUACAGCAUCAGCCAAGACAAAAUACGAUUGUGACGUCGCUGGUCAAGGAAGGUCCCCCAGCUCCGUACCGGUUACCGUGGUGGGUCUAUCUGCUCAUCGUCCUAGGAGGUCUCUUUCUGUUGCUGCUCAUCAUCUACGUUUUGUACAGGUGCGGUUUCUUCCGAAGAAAAGCGAAAGAAGACCUGGAGCGCUCCAAGAGGGAAUCCCUCGCGGCCAGCAGUGUUGCACAUUCGCCCACCACCGAGAACCCGCCGUCCAUGCCCGGGGACGACCCUGAGGUUCGCACCAGCCUCCUAGCCCCUGAGGCCCGCGAAUGAUGGGGCAUCGUCGGAGGCAGCUCGUGCUCAAGCAUUCCCCACACCCCUAGUCACGUCCCACGGCAUCAGCAGGCCAUUGUUCCUCCCCUUCUUGAAAUCGCCAGCAGCGUUUUCUUUCUCCGUCACUCGGGAAGUCGGCGGGGCUGCACCCGUCAAGUCCGCCAAAUGCUAAGAUGAUAUGAGAACUGUAUACUGAUUGUUCACUCGAACUCGCCAAAUGCGCUUCUUGAGCUGAUGCUCAAUAGGCUUCAGUUGCAAGCGGGUUGGACGGCCCUGGUUUGGGAAAAGCGACCCGAAGUAGGUUACGCCGUAGGAAAGCAAUGGACGAAAAAACGGGAAAUGAGAUGGUGUAGCGUUUUGUCACAUCCUUACUUCGUCCUUUCUGUUUAUUGUGCUGCAACUUUAUGAUUUUAGGCCUCUGCCAUCACGGUGUGAGGUGUGAGCAAGGAUGUGGCGCUGGAAAUUUAAAGUGCAUCGACCAUACUCCGGGCGCAUUUUUCGGUAGUGGUGAAAAAAUAGACAAUUCAUUCUUUGAAGUCGAUCUCAGAUUCAAAACAUUUUAGUGCUCCAACUUGCAUAGUGUGAUAGUUCAAGACACCUAAGCAUUUUGGGGAAUGUGCAUACUUCAGUUACAUUUUCCACCUUGUUUGAAAAAGUAAUCAGGUUUGUGGUGGCAGGCUCUGCUGCUUUUUAAACAAUUUGUUAUUAUCAUUUUAUAAUGUUUUAUUUUUCCUGGGAACAAGGUGAUUUUAAGCUCUUAAAUAUUGACAAAGCAGGCAGAUAAGAGUGAAUGGAAAGUGCCCAAUGACAGUUGUAUUUCUCAAUGACUAUGUGAUCAAGGUUGCACACUGUGUUGUAUUGGUUUCAUGUCCCAUUGACAAGAUCCUUAGAACACACACCAAGUGGCAAAAUUGUCCUAACAGCAUGGCAAGAUUGUUGCUAUCUACAGCACCCUAAAUUCAGAGCGAUUAUUACAGAUUAGUGUGCAUGUUUCAGUUUGUAUGCAUGGACUUUUACUUUUUGAAGUAACUACAUACUAGAGUGUGGUAUACUUUAGGGCUUUGGCUCUAUCUUAAAAAUCUUUUAAAAUUAGGUUAGUCACUAG